GAACCUCCAAAUGCUGCAGGUACAGCAAAAGAAAAAAAAAAAAAAGGAGUGAGAUGCUAAGUCCAUUUUUUAGGAAUCCUGGAGGAGAUGUCCAUUCCUAAGCCAGAAAGCUAAUUCAUGAACUUUUCUCACAUUAGGAGAGACUUCGUUUCUGUUCUCAUCCCCAUGGUCUGCUUAGCCCUUUCAUCAGACUUCUCCACAGCUCCUUGUCCUGAAGAAAUGGUUGCUUUACUAUACUGGCUGUACAGAUGCACGUGAUCAUAUAUAGGAUGGAUAAGCAAUAAGGUCCUACUGUAGAGCACGGGGAACUGUGUUCAGUAUCCUCUGAUACACCGUAACGGGGAAGAAUGUGAGAAAGAAUAUAUACGUGUAUCUGUCUAUAUAGACUUACAUACAUGUAUAUACGCACACAUAUACACUUUGCUGUGCAGCAGAAAUUAACACUACAUCGUCAAUCAACUAUACUUUUGUAAGUAUAGUUGAUUGGCCCCAGGCAAGUUGUGUAACGUCUUUGGGUUUUAGUUUCCUCAUCUGUAAGAUGGAGAUAGUAGUCGUACCUACCUCCUGGAUUGUGAGGGUUAAGCGAGUUGAUGAUAGACACGCUGUGCUGGAGCCGUGGGCGGCACAGAGUAAGAACUGAGCUUUCUCCUCAAUUGUGUUUCUGUACCUGUGGGCUCAGUUUUCUUCCCACUGGCCCUUCGAAGGGGGACUUCUCUUCCUCUCUCCUCUGCACGUGUUAUUAUUAAGAUCCCCAGUGGUCUUUUUGUCCAAAUCUAAGCUCCUUCCUAUUCUCUUAGCCUUCUGUUAUAUUUUUUUUUAACAGUCAAGAUUGUCUUGUGACCAGGGGUCCAGGGCAGGGGCACUGGAGGGGGUCAUAGGAAGAAGGGUGGGUCACAGGGAACCAGGGAGCGAGAGAGACCUGGACUGACUGGUGGCUAGAGAGCCGGUGGUGGCAGGAUUUUGCAGAGGGGUCAGGCAUGGAGUGCAGGGGUGGGAAAUGGAAUUGACAGUUGCAAGAUAAGAAGUAUUGUGAUAGCGAACGGAAGCUGAGAAAUCAAAUGGUUGGACGUGGUAGGGCCCCUCCAGAAAUUUUUUUCAAGAUGAAGAAGAUAGGUGAAUGUUUUACAGCUUUCUUUCCAAACUUCUUUUCGGCUCCUUUUUUUACAAAAGAGGAACAACCGAUAAAAACGAAUAAAGAAGAUGCUGAGAGAGAGAGAGGCAGGUGUGUUAAAAAGAAGAAGCAAGACUAGAAGAAACACAAAAAUUGGUUAGCUUUAUUGAGAAGGCCGCUUUUUAUUUCCCCAGAGUCGAGAGCAUCAGGGACAUGUGUCCACACUUGUUCCGCGAUGAGAGGGGAGAGCCUGCAAAGGCGGUGUCACGGACUGGUGUUCGAGUCCUUCUCAGGUUCCUAUGCUGAGGCCCUAAGCCCAGUGUGAUGGUGUUUGGAGGUGGGACCUUUGGGAAGUGAUGACGUUUAGAUGAGGGCCUGAGAGGGGAGCCCCUAUGAUGGGAUUAGGGCCCUCGCAGGAGAGGGAACCUGGAACCUGCUCUCCCCCCACCACGUGAGGGCCCAGCAAGAAGGCGGUUGUCUGCGAGCCAGGAGGGGCGCUGUCCCCCGGGAACUAGGAGAGGUCCAUGUUGGUGGUUUACAUGUGCUUGAGCUGACGAAGCGGGUGGUCGGGGGGGGGGGGGGUCAGUGAUGCUGCCAAGCUCAGCAGUUCUCAUUUGGUCAGGGACCUAGGUGACAGGGUUUUCUGCUGAGAUUCAGGAGGUCAGUGCUUUGGAGCUUGAGGCAAGAGAGAAUUCAGAAUAGCUGUUUGGGGAGGAAUUUGCUAGGGAAUCAACAGGAGGUGAAAGAAAGGAUUUCCAGGCAACAUCCAGGACCUUGAUGCUGGAUGGCGUGAAUUUGUAGUGGGCUAUGGCUUUUGGGGUUAAUUAUUUUUUCCAGCUUUGCAGGAACAGGAAAGAGAAAACUAGAGAUGCUCGGGGUUAUGGAUCAAUAGCGCAGGCAGGAUGGAGGGUUAAGGGGCCCAGAAUCCAGGGCGAUGAUAAUGGCAGUCUGACUGUCUUCUAGAACCUGGGUGACUGGAGAAUGUUGAGCAACCAUAUGUGUAGACGAAUUAAGGACUAAACACAGUUCGAGGGAGCCCAGGGCAGAAACCAUCCAGCCAACCCACCGAAUUGUGAAAAAUAAGAACCUAUGGUUGUUUAAGCCCCUACCUUUUGGGCGGUUUGUGACUCAGCAACAGAAAACUGCAGCCAUCUGCCUUGUGUUGAGCAACUGCCACAGGAAGCCAGGGGGCAGGGGAGCCAGGGAAGUAGCAGAGGUCAGGCCCUCGGGGAGAUGGAGCCGGAGAAGAAUGGAGUGGGUUCUGGAGGGGCGGGCAGGCAGUGUCCGGGAGAGCAGCUCAGCCACGGGGAUCCCGAGCACAGCGUCCAGAGCCCAGGGCCCAGAGGAAGAGAGAUGAGCUUUCCACAGGCGCCGGCGGGGGAGCUGGCAGCCCUGUCAUUAGCGUGCAGAGAGAUUGGGACAAUUAUCAGGUCUUUAGGAUGCUGCCCUAGUGAAGGAGAGCUCCAUGAUCUGAUUGCAGAGGUAGAGGAGGAAGAACCCACUGGCUACAUUCGAUAUGAAAAAUUUCUUCCCGUGAUGACUGAAGUACUGCUGGAAAGAAGAUACAGGCCAAUUCCAGAAGAUAUCCUUCUUCGAGCUUUCGAGGUGUUAGAUCCAGCUAAACGUGGAUUUCUUACUAAGGAAGAACUGAUCAAGUAUAUGACUGAAGAAGGUGAGCCUUUUUCUCAGGAGGAAAUGGAAGAAAUGCUGUCUGCCGCGAUUGAUCCCGAAUCGAAUGCCAUUCACUACAAGGACUACAUCACAAUGAUGGUGAUCGAUGACAAUUAAACACCCUAAAGACUUCAUUUCUGAUUGAAAGGAGCAUUUUAAGAAUUCCCUGUCCUUGUUAAUUUCACACUUUAUCUUAUAAUCCAUACAUAUGCCAAUUAACGCUUUGUGAUAACUGU